UGAUCGUCAUUAAUCAAAAAGAUGGGACACUUGCUGUAGGGCGCUCCAAGAAGCACUGGGUUCGGAAGCACACAUUGGCCUGCGUUGAGAAGAUGUGCUGUUGCAUUGUAGGUCUGCACAGCGCCGGAGCUUGAUAGAGUUUGUUGUGGCAUCCCAUCUGGUGCUGCUUUCUGUUAGAUCCUGGUAAGUCGCUGGUUCAGUCACGCUGAGGCACAGCUCAAGCCAUACGAUCUUCCUGCUGGGAGGCGGGCUGCAGUCCGAAUGUGGAUGUAUCGCUCUCGCAAACCCUUCAUUGGAGCUCCAAAGGCCUGUGCGCUCAUUGCCACGCUUGGGAUCAGCCGUCAUAGGCAAAAUCUGUCUUUGGCGGGAGUCCGUUGGAGACCGCACUCCGAACAAGCUCAACCAGUCAGCUCAUUCAAAGGUGUCAGCAGGGGACAGAGAAUUUCUAGACCCUACGUGGUAUAGAGCCUUUGCACGUCUGGAUUUGAGUUGUCAGGGUCCAGUGGCUGACUCUGUGUUUCUGGUGGUUCAUUCGCCAGUUGCAUUGCUCGUUUGCCAGCUUAAAUUGAGCAUUCAGCUUGAACCCCUCGGUAGAGAAGCGGGUCCAGGCUGGAGCGGGGGGCGUCCUCGCUCGCCCGCCGUGCAGGCUCCUCCUCUCAGCUGGAUCCGUCUCAGGAUCUGGAGGCCACUCCUUUGGCCCCACAGCUGCCAUCGACAAUGAGGAGGAGGCCAGAGUCUCUGAAGGAGAAGAUGUUCAGACUACGGGGGGUGUUUCUGGUGAUCUCGGUGCCUCUGCUCCUGGUUGCGGUUGUGCUUCUUAUGAUGCCUCGGAGCGCUCCGCUAGAAGGGUACCGGGAAAGUAAGACGGUUGUGAAGGAGACCAAGGAGGAGUUCAAGCUGACGGCGGAGCGGUACGCGGUUGUAUUCGAUGCCGGGAGCACGGGAACACGAGUACACGUGUACAGGUUUGAUGAGCACAUGGACCUGAUGGAGAUCAACGGCGAGUUUGAGCUCUUUGAAAAGGUAACGCCUGGUCUCAGCGCCUACAAAGAUGACCCCAAGGGGGCUGGGGAGUCCAUCCGGCCGCUGCUCGCCAAGGCGCUUGCGGUUGUACCCAAAGAUCUGCAGAGCAAGACCCCCGUGCGUGUUGCGGCAACAGCUGGGCUUCGUCUGCUUUCCGAAGCUACUGCUGAGGAACUGCUUGAAGAGGUUCGGCAUGUUCUCAAGGAGUACCCCUUCCGGUGUGCCAAGGACUCGGUCGCUAUUAUGGACGGUGCUGACGAAGGCGCCUUUGCGUGGGUGACUGUGAACCACUUACUGGGGAACACCGACAAGUUGGUUAAGGACACGGUCGGGAUCGUCGACCUGGGGGGCGGCUCGGUCCAAAUGGCUUAUGCCGUGGAGGAUAAAGUUGCUUGGAGCGCACCUGCUGGCUACAUCCGGGAAGUAAACGGGAAGGGCGUGAGGUGGAACGUCUACGUGCACAGUUACUUGGGCUACGGUCUAAUGGCGGCACGCGCUGCGGUGCUAUCAGCACAGAUCUCGCAAGAGGGGCACGCAUGCCUGCCGAAGGGUUACACAGGCUCGUACGAGUACGGCGGUAAGACGUUUGACGCAGUCGCGCGUGUGCUGGGCGGGUCGUACGACGAGUGCUCCACGUCGGCGCUCGCAUCGCUCAAGCUGGACGCGCCGUGCGACGUGGACAAGUGCUCGUUCAACGGGGUGUGGCACGGGGGCGGUGGGGACGGCACGCACAAGCUUUAUAUUGCGUCUUACUUCUUUGACCGGGCGCAGCAGCUCGGCAUCAUUCCAGAGAGCGCUGCGGACGUGGCCGUCAUUAAGCCGUCCGAUUUUGGGAAGGCUGCGGAGGCCAUUUGCAAACUGACACUUCCCGAGAUUGCGGCCAAGUACAAACACGUUUCCGAAACGGACGCUCCAUUCGCUUGCUUGGAUAUUGCUUAUCAAGCGACGCUGCUCAACAAAGGGUUUGACAUCGAGGGAGACCGAUCAAUUACGCUCGUCAAGACAAUCAAGUACCAUGGGCGGCAGGUGGAAGCGGCAUGGCCCUUGGGAGCUGCUAUUGACAUCAUGUCCGCCUGAUGGCUUUUCGCGAUUUAGGUUGAUGACGAUUGAUAGAAUUGGUUUCACUUGGGGAUUAGAUUAUUGAGCCCGGUAUUUGCGAGCCCACUGCAUUUGGUGGAAUUAGCAAUGAAUGCCAAUAGGCGCAUGCUCUUAGCCAGGUCUCCAUGGCGGAUAGGGGCCAAUGUUAGGCGACUGGACUUGUCACCCUCGCAAUCAGAAUAUUUCCAAAGACGGCACUGCCUCACUUAUAAUGCCGAGCCUCAAGUGUAUAACCUGGACUGCACAUGAUAAGCCGGGAUGAGGGUUCAGCUGGCAUGUCACGUGACUAGAAUGGUGGUUUUACUAAGUCUAUUAGGGUUCGAAGUUGUACGUACACGGGCGGCGGUCACUAACCCCAAAGUCUUAUACCCAGC